AUGCUUUUCAUAAGCCAUUCUAUAUCUCCAAAGUUGGUUUUAUUCCAGACUGAUCUGACAUGCACAACAGGAGAGCUGGAUGAUUCCUUCUUGAACGAUUCCAUAUAUCAUGAAUAUCGCAUCUCAAGCCGAAAUGCAGGUGUCGCUUAUAGUGAGCUACGGUAUCUUGACGAGUACAUGGUCGAUAGUCGCUACAGUAAAUCCGAGUCUAAUUGCACAAUGACGGAUUCUUGUGCGCAGGAAAGUACCUCCACGUCAAGGUCAACAUCUGCAUCUAAUACAACGGCAACACUCCAAAGUUCAGAAAAUUUGGAAUCUGGAGACGUCAAUGUCGAUGAAUUGCCUCCUGAUCCAAUCGACGUGGUAGGGACACCAAUGGAUUUAGUGAACAUCUCUGCUCUGGUGUCGUCUGAUAACCCAGUGCAGUCUGAUGAAGCCCUCUCACAAACGUAA